AUGUCUGGAGCUUGGAAGGCCGGCUUUGAGCGUGAGCGGAGAGGUCAAGAUACACCGCUUGGACGUGCCAAACUCUGGGCUCCUACUGGUGGCCAAGUCGUGAUCGCCAUAGUUCUGGAAGUUGUGACGACUGUGACGACUGUCGUUCCCACUUGUUUGGAGCUUGAAAGAGCUUUAGAUGGGGGUAAUCUUGACUGUGGACAGCUCUGGACAGCAAUCCAAGUCGUAAGGUUCGCCGCGACUACAUUGUGCUGUGUCAUGAAUGGUGCCCCAAGCAGUGUCAGACGCCAUGGCAAGCCAGCAAGAACAUUCUUGAAGGUGCUUUCACAUUUGGUUCAUCAGCCAGGAGGGGACUCCUACAGCCUUGUGGAAGUUUCAAUCGAUACAGGCAGAAGACACCAAAUACGAAGCCACCUGGCCUUCAUAGGUCAUCCGCUUGUAGGUGAUGCCAAAUACUCGAGCUCGGCAACCUUUCAAAGCGAUCACACCCUGUGCAAUCGCAACUUCCUCCAUAGAGUUCGCCUGUCUUUCCUUGAUGUGGAGGGCAAACCAGUCGAGGUAGCUGAUGCAUUGCCACCUGACUUGCAGCUUGCACUGUCCGCCUUGGAAGCAAAGGACAAUGACUCAGCCAUGUGGAAGCCACAGUGGUGCUGA